UCAGCCAAUAUUUAGCAGGAGGUGACACUGAGGAUUGUCACAACCAGUCAUGGACCGUCUCUGGAUCCUGAGCUGCACUCUGUGUGUCCUCCUGAGCUGGAUGCAUGUGGAUCAAGCGGUGGCUGAACCCCAGUACCUGGUGGCCAUUCCUGCAGUUAUUGACGCUGGAGCUGAGGCCAAAUUCUGUGCAACUCUCCGACAGCCCAGUGGGACUCUGGUCAUGACUGUCACUUUGAAGUCCCGAGAGAAGAACACGACCUUAUUCACACAUACCUCAAAUGAAGCAUUUCAAACCUGUGUUCAGUUUGAGGCUCCUUUGGUACAAAAGGAGGUGCAAGACUUUCAGGUGGAGGUACGAGGAGACACAUUUUACUCCAAACAAGUCAGAAAAGUGAUGAUCCGAGCGUCUGAUACCUUCACAUUCAUCCAAACAGACAAACCCAUCUACCUCCCUGGACAAAAAGGUAACAAUGUGCUGUUAUUUUAUAUAUGA